AUGGCUGCCGACAACCGAACGUCGAAUAGCCUUGCCUACGCUACUGCCCGCGUAUCCUACCCCACGAACCUGGCUUCCGCAGAGGACAUUCGCAAGUUUGUCGACCUCGAAGCCGAGAAACGCAUACGAGCCAUCCAGACCCUCCAGGAGGACAUCGCCCAUCUCUACGAGCUCCAGAAUGCCUUCUCUCCGGUUAACAGACUUCCUAAUGAGCUCCUUGGCCAAGUGUUUUCCUACCUGAAAGGCCCCGGGGGUGAAAAUGGAGACCUCAUUGACGCCACACACGUCUGCAGGCAUUGGCGUGCCGUCGCUACCAACGAUUCAAAACUGUGGUCCUCGUUCGCCCUCCACAGCUCCCUCGGAGUCGAGGAGUGUCUAGCACGCUCCAGGAACCUACCAAUAUCCCUCUCACUCGUCAAACCACCCGAUCCCGCUUCUGCGAAGCUCCUUGAGCAGGCUACCCACCGAGUGCGCAACCUCUAUGUUGCGAUCCCCGAGGCAAGGGCUAUUGAAGUGCUGCUGAGCACGAUCAGGAACACGGCACCCCUUUUGGAAGAGUUGCACGUCAAGCAUCUCCACUGGAGCCCGUUAGAUGAACCACAACGCAAGCGGGGUCGCCCUGUGCGGAUUGGCGAACCACCUCUCUUGUACAGCGAGCGGGCCGACUUCCCAUCACUUCGUUCCCUUAUCCUCCAUGAUGUUCCGCCAUUUUUCCUUCCCACCGCUUCAUUAGAACAUCUCGAGCUCCAUAUGAACGCGAAGUCCGGGCCCGGGUUCACCAGAAGCCACAGUCUCCCCCCGUUAUCCAGGCUCCUGGACAUCCUUGAAAAUUGUCCUCGGCUUCGCGAACUCGACCUUGCUGGCCAAUGCGAUAUGACCAAUACGAUUGUUGCCCGAGAGCAACCCGUCACUCUGGCAAAUCUCUCGUCGAUGUCCCUCAUGGUUCAGCCUGCAACGGCUACCGCCUCCAUCCUCUCUCACCUCGCCCUCCCUCAGACGGUCAAUCUCCACAUCAAGUCCAAUCUCCUCCUGGGUGAAUUCUUCGGGGACGUCAUGAGCACCCUCACACCUCUAUCCCCCGCGCUUCAUUGGACAGAAGGCCUGCGGCGCCUUCAGCUGACUUGGGGGACAUACCCGUAUCGGCUCGAGGCUCACCGCGAUCCAAACGACUUCGCGUGCCCUCCCGCGCUGGAUUGCCACGUUCGGUGUCGGAAUCUUCUCGCCGACCUGGGGAACGACCUGGGGCACGUCAGCAGCUUCCUCAACGGCUGGACGACUGCGAUCAAUACUUCUAACGUCGAGGAGCUCGUCCUGUCUUACGACGCAGCCCACGGGACCUUUGAGGUUCCCUAUCAGCUGCCGGUAGCGCAGUGGUCCUCCCUCCUCCGUGCGUUACCGAACCUCAAGUCUCUUCGCGUCAUCGGGCUCGAGACCCCCAGCGCGGCCACACUGAUGCAGGCGCUGGGGAGGGUUGGGACGGAGGUCCAUUGUCCGAAGUUGGAGACCCUGGAGUGGAUGUACGUCAAGAUUGACGCUUGGCGGGAUCUGUGGGAUAUAGCUGUGGCCCGCUCUGCGGGGGAGCAGUCCACUGAGACGUUCAAGAAGCUGGAGCUUUUCAGCUGCAGCGGGCUCCAACUUCGGGGCACAGAGUGGGAGAGACUGUUCAACGUCCUAGGUGUUGAGCUUGGUGUCGACGAAGACUGA